AUGUCGUUUGGCACUGAACUCCAGAGUAAGACAUCUCAUGAGGCCCUCUUGGGAUUACAGGAUUUUGAAAUAAAAUUUUUGGAGCACAUCAAAAGAUGCAUCUUCCAGCGAAUCAAAAUCGAUCGCGAUCACUCAUUGGCUCUCAGUUCACUGGCUUCACAAAUCAUCAAAUUUGAUAAUGCCGAAUUCGAAACACCAAUGUCAAAAGCCUGGUUGAACAUCGGUCGAGAGAUUGAGAAUUACUCGAGACUACUGCACGAUAUGACAGACAAGGUUUGCGCUCAGAGUUUGGACAAAUUGCAGCAGCUGAUCAGUGAGAAGAAGCUGGUGAGGAAGAUGUACCAGGAGGAGAGAUGUCGGCUGGAAAGCAUCUGCAAACAGAAAAUGAAGUUGUUGGAAGAUUUAGGAGCAAAACUAGAUUUCGCACGAUUUGCUAAGCAAGGAUGUCUGCUGGUUUAA